AAAUAAUGUUCAGUCAACAGCGUUUACUAUAUAUAAAUACAACCAUUCAUUCAUUCUCUUAUAAUCCAUCCACUCGUUAUAUCUUUGAAUGCGAUACAUUCACCAUUUUUCUCUUCCGAAUCACAAUUCAAUUCAAUUUUCUCUACUCAGAGUGUGUGUGUGUAUGUGAUGGGUUCUUCUCCAAAUUCAAAGCCUAAAGUCGUUAGAGGUGCCGCUGGUUAUGUUCUCGAAGAUGUUCCUCAUCUCACAGAUUACAUUCCUGAAUUACCAACGUAUUCUAAUCCAUUGCAAGACAAUCCUGCAUAUUCAGUUGUCAAGCAAUAUUUCGUGCAUAUUGAUGAUAGUGUUCCUCAAAAGAUUAUUGCUAACAAAGAUAGUCCAAGAGGAACACAUUUUCGGCGUGCUGGGCCUCGGCAAAGGGUGUAUUUCGAAUCAGAUGAAGUUCAGGCUGCAAUUGUGACAUGUGGGGGUUUAUGCCCUGGCCUCAACACUGUUAUUAGGGAGUUAGUUUGUGGUUUAUACCAUAUGUAUGGCGUCAAGAAAGUUUUGGGAAUCAGUGGUGGAUACAAGGGUUUUUAUGCUCACAAUACAAUCCAACUAACUCCUAAAACCGUAAAUGAUAUACAUAAGCGUGGGGGAACUAUCCUUGGUUCAUCACGAGGUGGACAUGACACAAUUAAGAUAGUUGACAGUAUUCAAGAUAGGGGAAUCAAUCAGGUUUAUAUAAUAGGAGGAGAUGGAACUCAGAGGGGCGCAUAUAGAAUUUUUGAGGAAAUUCGAAAGCGUGGUCUCAAAGUUGCAGUUGUUGGAAUCCCAAAAACCAUAGAUAACGACAUUCCGGUAAUUGACAAGUCCUUCGGCUUUGACACAGCUGUCGAGGAGGCUCAACGUGCUAUAAAUGCAGCACACGUUGAAGCUGAAAGUGUUGAAAAUGGCAUAGGCGUUGUCAAGUUGAUGGGCCGGUACAGUGGAUUUAUUGCAAUGUAUGCUACCCUUGCAAAUCGGGAUGUCGACUGUUGCUUAAUUCCGGAGACACCCUUUUUCCUUGAAGGUCCCGGGGGACUUUAUGAGUUUGCGGAGAGAAGACUAAAAGAAAACGGCCACAUGGUUAUUGUGAUUGCUGAAGGAGCAGGACAGGAACUUGUUACUGAGAGCAUGCAAGCCUUGCAAAAGCAGGAUGCUUCCGGAAACAAACUUCUUCAAGAUGUUGGGCUAUGGAUAUCCCAGAAGUUGAAGGAAUACUUUGCUAAGCAGAAGACAAUGAGCAUUACUCUCAAAUAUAUAGAUCCUACCUAUAUGAUUCGAGCUGUUCCAAGCAAUGCUUCUGACAACGUCUACUGCACACUUCUUGCUCAAAGCGCGGUUCAUGGAGCAAUGGCAGGUUACACUGGUUUUACUAGUGGGCUUGUGCAUGGAAGACAAACUUAUAUACCCUUUAAUAGAAUCACUGAAGGACAGAACACGGUAGUGAUAACUGAUCGAAUGUGGGCUAGGCUUUUAUCUUCCACAAAUCAACCCAGUUUUUUGAUAGCUAAGACUGCCCAUGAAGAGAAGAAGAAGGAAGAAGCAGAAGAAAUGGAUUCAUUUAACCUGUAGGACCGGCAUUGUUCAUAUAACCACCAUUUUGUUAACAAAACUGUCUGGCAGUAAUUUAUCAUGUCUGUACAUAUUAUUACCAUCAUUUUAGCCUCUACUUUGUGUUGUAACUGUAACUUGUAAAGUAGUACUGUAUACAUGAUUAGUUAAUUUUUUCCUUUCCACAUCGAUAACCGAUAAGAUGUCUGUGUGGAAAGCUCAGCCUUACAUGAGCACGAUAUAUUCUUUUGUAAUGUUUUGUCACGGAUUCUAAUCAUUUGAAAGAGUUCUGAUUCAUAUACAAGACUUUUUGUUUCAAA